CCAAAACAUUGCAACACUGCUUUCUUUCUUGUGUAGUCACGCUUCCAACAAGCGGGAUUUCGAUGCCCCGUCUUAUUUUUAGCCGACUGCCCCUGACUGAGCCUGGGCUUUAAUUCAACCGCAACCCCUCUCAAUACAAACGCAAAGACUCGCUCAUGCCUUCAUUUUAAUUUCAUUACGCUGCUUCUGAAGAGGACCUCAAAGACUUCAAUCAACAUGUCGACCAAUGAUCCUUUGGAGAGAAACGACGGUUCACUGCAAGGCUUCACCAAAGAUGGCCUUGCAGAAUUGGAUACACAAUUCCACAAGCUGGUAGACGACGGCAAGCUGGCUAAUGUCACGACUCUCAUCGCCCGCCACGGCGAGAUCGUUCAUCGUGACGCCUACGGCGUGCACGACAUCUCAGCAGCCGUCCCCGUCCCCGCCAAGACCACCAGCAUCUAUCGCAUCGCAUCCAUGCUGAAACCGAUCAUGGCUGCCGCCAUGAUGAUGCUGUGGGAAGAAGGCCUCUGGGCGCUCGAAGACCCGGUCUCCAAAUUCGUCCCAGAAGUCUCCAACCUCAAAGUCAAAGUCGAGAAGGAGGGAGGGGAGGUUGAACUGGUAGAUCAAGAUACGCCAAUGAAUAUGAAGCAGCUCAUGAGCCACACAGCGGGCUUUGUAGGUCGCGGAGAGUAUGACGCCAAUCAAAUGAGGAAAGGCGAUCUGCAAGACAUGAUUAAUAUCCUAAUUACGCUGCCACUGGCUUUUCAACCCGGCAAAGCAUGGCGCUACGGGCCCAGCGUUGACGUCCAGGGGUACAUCAUCGAGAAGCUCACUGGCCAGCUACUCGAUGACUUCCUCGCGCAGCGUCUCUUUACACCCCUGGGGAUGGCCGAUACCGGCUUCGUGCUCCCAGCUUCCAAGCUAGAGCGCCUGGUAAGCAACCACAAGGAUGACGGGACUGGCCAGCUGGUGUCUGUUCCCCUUGAAGGAACGUACAACACCACUAGACCUAAGUUUAUCGGCGGCGGCAUGGCGAUUCUCUCUACGCUCGACGACUACUUCCGUUUCUCGCAGAUGCUGCUUAACGGCGGGGAAUUCGAGGGGAAGCAGUACUUGAAACCCAGCACUAUCGAGCUGAUGCGCACGAGCGUGCUUGAGCCUGGCGUGCACCUGAAGACUGGUGCUUAUGUGAUUGAGAAUUUAGGAUUUGGUCUCGGGGUGGCGAUCGUGCAAAAUCAAGUGCAGAGGAUGAGUAGUCAGAAGGUGGGGAGCUACUUUUGGGGUGGCUUGUUUGGGACUUGGUUUUGGAUUGAUCCGACAAACCAAGUGGUCGUUGUGGGGUUUAUUAAUGACUUAGAUUGGUCAAAGAAGGUGCCAUUCCUGAGGGAGAUCUGUGCGAAGUGGGUUUAUAAGGCUUUGAAGGAAUGAGGGCGAGGUUGAAAGGGUAAUUCGAAGAUUUUGACGGGAGAGAAUAUUGGGAAGAGUGGAGAAUCUUUCGACUUAUACAGCUCUUGAAAUUCUUUCGUACUUACGACCAUUCAGUAUCAGCUGGUAACUUCGGGAUGAGAAGGCCUCAGCUAAUACUUCACAAAAGAGACGAUGCAAUUAUGAUCAAAGUACUGAAGGAAUCUAGUCUCGCAUACCACAUCCCCUAAACAGCAACUCUUGUAAGAUUACUUAAGCCAGC